GAGUACCAAUAAUAAGACGGAGGAGAAGACUUGCAAGAAGAUUUGGGAUAAACCAAACCGGAUCAAAGACUUCCAAGUGAUGAAACUUUUUUGAGAGAUUUUCCACUUUGCUGCAACAGUUCCCCGCACUAUCUUUUGGGGAAAAUUACUGUACACGGCGAAUGAAAACAUCCAUUUUGAAUUGAAGAACAAACUUUAGGAAGAAAUGGCACAUCUACACCUGAGAUACCUCUUGUCCUUGGCCUUAUUGCACGUAGUUUUCUCCUCCGGUGUGUUUGAGCUGAAGAUCCAUUCAUUCCAUACGGCGCAACACAUCUGCAGGAGACACAGGGACUGCCAUAUAUUUUUCAGAAUUUGCCUAAAACAUCCCGAGGAUGUGAUCUCCGCAGAGCCGCCUUGCACCUUUGGCACCGGGCACACCAACGUCAUCAGGGCCGACCAUACCUCAAUCUCAAGCAGCGCUCCCAUCAGGGUGCCUUUUCACUUCAAGUGGCCGGGGACGUUUUCGUUGAUCAUCGAAGCCUGGAACGCAGAAUCCCCCACUGAAUACACAGACAACCAAAACAACCUUGUGAGCCGUCUGGCGACCAGGAGGAGACUUGCCAUCGGAGAAGACUGGUCCCAGGACGUACACUUUGGCGAACAGAGCGAGCUGCGCUACUCUUACCACGUCUUCUGUGAUGAGUACUAUUCUGGAGACGGUUGCGCUGACUACUGCAGACCGAGGGACGACACGCUGGGACACUACACUUGCGACGAGGAGGGCAAUCGUAUCUGCCUGGAGGGCUGGAAGGGAAACUAUUGCUCUGAACCCAUCUGCUCGGCGGACUGCAGCGAGAAGCAUGGCUACUGCGAGGCCCCAGGGGGCUGUACAUGCCGCAUGGGCUGGCAGGGCCCCUCUUGCAAUGAAUGCGUCCGCUACCCAGGCUGCCUCCACGGGACGUGCAGCCAGCCGUGGCAGUGCAACUGCCAGGAGGGUUGGGGGGGCCUCUUCUGUGACCAGGACCUGAACUACUGCACCAACCACAAGCCCUGCGCCAAUGGAGCGACCUGCACCAACACGGGACAGGGCAGCUACACCUGCACCUGCCGGCCUGGCUUUGGAGGCACCAACUGCGAGUUGGAAACCAAUGAGUGCGACAGCAAUCCUUGCAAGAAUGGAGGCAGCUGCAAUGACUUGGAGAAUGACUACUCAUGCACCUGCCCACAAGGUUUCUACGGGAAGAACUGCGAGAUCAUCGCCAUGACAUGCGCAGAUGGUCCCUGCUUCAACGGCGGCACCUGUGUGGAGACGAUGACCGGGGGCUACACCUGCCGCUGCCCUCCCAGUUACACCGGCUCCAACUGCGAGAAGAAGCUGGACCGCUGCAGUAACAGGCCCUGUCUGAACGGUGGUGAAUGUUUGGACCUCGGCCAGAGCAUCUUGUGUCGUUGUCAGGCAGGCUUCACGGGUGCCAACUGCCAGGUCAACGUUGACGACUGCGCCUCGAGUCCCUGCCAAAACGCAGGAACCUGCCAAGACGGUGUGAAUGACUACACCUGCUCCUGCACCUUGGGCUACACUGGCAAGAACUGCAGUGUGCGUUCAGAUGCCUGCGGCGCCCGCCCGUGUCAGAACGGUGGCACUUGCUUCACCCACUUUACUGGGCCGGUAUGUCAGUGUCCAAAGGGCUUCAUGGGUCCCAGCUGUGAGUUCACUCUUCAGCCCAGUUUCAAGCCCGCUUUGCGCCAAACCUCUCAGCCCUCCUCCACCACCCUCACCGUCUCCUGCAUGCUGGCCAUCCUGGUGCUGGUUUUGGUGGCUGGCAUCCUCUUCCUGAGGAGGAGGAGGAGGAGGCUGCAGGGGAGGAAACAGCUGAGCGACGUUGCAGUUUAUAACGACCUGGACACGGUCAACAACCUGGGGGGAAAUGAGAGAGACUCCUUCCUCGUUCCGAACGGCCUGUUCAAGAUCAGCAACAGCACAGCGCGCCUCAGCCUCUCCCUCUGCCCCGAUGGCAGAUCCGGGUACAGACACAACCCGGUGGAGAGCAGCCUGGUCAGAGGGGAACGUCAGGAUUUCAUGUGGAGGGACGAGGCCGGCCUGGGCUCUGGAGCUGGCCUGAGAUGAAACCGGGACGAAACAAGGCUGUUCAAACAGGGGAAAAUAUAUAUACUAGCACUUGUUGCUCCUCUGUCUUCAUGCACAGUGAAAACAGGAGCAAAUCCAUGAGUUGGAAACCACGCUCACGCUGAAAACCGUUUAAAAAUGUAAAUGUCAAUGUAAAAAGCAAAAUUCUGACAAAUGAACAAUUCUGAUGAAGAUGAUUUACAAAGAUUAUUGAGAAUAGAGUACUGUAUAUGGGGCAAAGCUCUUCCAUUUUUAAGACCCAAAGAGACAAAUAAUGAUCCAGUGUUCAUCGGACCUACAACACCAACCAAAUGCACCAAGACACAAUACUCUGGCCACCUUCGGAAAACCUGCCCAAAAACACGUUAUUACUGGGUUGUUGUCUUUAAUAAGUUCACUUUGUUUCUCCCUCUUUUUUUUUUUUUUUAAACACAGAAUUUUGUUUUGCUUUUCAAUCUUCCUUUUGCCAUUAUUUCCUUGUUGUGCGUACCAUCAUUUUUAUUCUUUAUAUUAUUUAUUUAUUUGAAAACCUGUGUUUAUCGCCUCACUUUGAUUGUCACAGAUGUAGAGAUAUAUUUAUAUGAUGCCGAAUGAAGACCGACGCUUGAUGUUGUUGUAUCUGGACGUUUGAAGGGCUGUGUUAAAUAUCCCAAAGAUAUAAUGUGCAGGGAUAUGAGAAAACAUGUGCUUUAUGGCCAUUACUGUAUACAUAUAUAUGUAUAUGUACUACUGAUCACAUUGCUCUUUUUUACGUGCCAUUUUAUGUUCAUGCCAAAGUUUGUGUUGUGUUACACGUUUCCAUUCCUAUUAUUUAAGUUCCUCAUGUUGUGGUUGUGAUGUGAAAUAAAGUAUCUGCUUCGACGCAA